AUGCAAACCAAGUCCUUCAUCGUCAUCGCCCUUGCGACCUUGAGCCAGGCCCGUUUCGGCCAGGAGGGUGCUGUUCAAGACAAGAUCCAGGCGCUCAGCAACUUUGGUGCACCGGGCGCCGCUGCCACCCUUGCUGGCAAGACGCCUGGUGUGCUCCUGGCUGGUGCUAACGCGUGCGCAAAGCUUCAACUUGCGGACGAGAUUGUGUCUACGCUAGGCACCGACCCGGCGGUCAUUGCUGGCGCUGCAGCCCUUGUGGCUGCCGAAAAGAACUUCAACCCCUUCGCCCAGUCAAUUCCCACCAUCUGCAGCGACGCAUCCCUUCCCGCCACGCCGGAGCUCCGGGGAAUCAUCCCUUUGGUCGACCCUGCCGUCGGCGGGGCUGACAUUCAGAACGCCAACUCUGCCAAGUCUCUACAGACGCCGUUUAGCAGCGAUGGCCUGAGCGUGGCCGACAUCUCGAAGGCACAAGGGUUUGACAACUUCACUGCUCAGGCGGCUUGA